GAUAAAUUAUAUCUUAACAUUUAAAUAUUUUCAUUCUAUAAAACAUAUAUUCCUCGUUGUAUACAAUAUUUGUGUUUCUAUUUAAAAAUCUUGGUAAAAAUAAAAAGAAUGUGUAUGUGUGUGUGUGUGUGUGUGUACGUAAAAGUUGAUAUUCGGUUCUUCGACAGGUUCUUGAACUUGUCCAGUGUGGUCAAAGUAUCCAGGUGGGGAGCAGGUAUCUUUUCCUGGUUGAUUCUACUAACGGAGGUCAUAAAACGUUCGUCCUCCGUAUCGUCAAGACUCAUCCUAUUCUCAUCUACUUGUUCUCCUUUUAUUUUUUAAAUCCUUAUUAAAAUAUAUAUAUAUUUAUAAUAAUUUUUCUUCUCAAACACCAGUGCGUAAUCAAUGUUUUCAAUAAAUAUGAGAUUGUUCAAGACAACGAUCUUCUUAUUUUUACUGUUUGCAUUUGUUGGGACUCACGUAAAGUGUCUUCCACUUGAUGAAUCCGAAAUUACAUCACCGACGAAAAUUCCUUCUUCUUCUUCUUUAUCUUCUUCUGAAGAUCAUUACGAUCAAAGGCAAAAUGGUACAGAAAAUUAUCGUGUACACAUUGAUGGUGUAGUCAUAGUAGUUGCACCAGUUGAAGCACUUCUUAUGGCUAAUGAUCUUAUUAAUACCAAUCAAUCUGGAAUAUCAACGAUUCCAUCCACAAUUAAUUAUCCAAAACCCGAUGAUAAUAAACCAAAUAUUGAACAUUCGGAAAAACCGAGUAAUGAAAAUUUGGAAAAACCAAGUACCGAACAUUUGGAGGAACCUAACACCGAACAUCAAUCGUUGGACAAAUUAAAUAUCUCUUCUAAAUCAACAAAAAGGUAUUUCAUACAUAUAUAUAUUUUUUGUUUCGUAAAUUCAUUGCAUAAUGUCUUUGUAUUUUCUUCAUUUCAUUUUGCAGAUCUAAUUUACGUUUAAUGAACUUACUUGCACCCUUCAUACGCCGUUUUUAUCACCCACAAUGAGUCCAAAACUUGGCUCGGGAAAAAACAAACCACACAUUUCAAGACUUAUAUUUAGUGUAAUGUAAUAUAAAACAUGUGAUUGAUAUAAUUUCAUUAAUUAUAGUUUAUAUAAUUAUUAUGCAUAUAUAAAUAUAUAUUAUUUUAAAAAAAGGGUUUUUUUUUUUUUUUAAUUAGGCCUUCGUUAAAUGGAACUUGAAUUAAAUUAGGGGGAGCAAAGAAGCACGUUUGUAAUACUAUAUUUUUAGUAUAUAAUUAUAAUAUUAUUAUUAUAAUAUUAUCUGCAAAUGAUUUUGUGAACAGACCAUGUACUCACCUUUAUUUAUAAUU